UGGUAUUUCUGGAAUCGCAGCUGGUGUACUUUAUGAUGCUUAUAAAGUUGUUAAGUAAAAUGUAUAAUGAAUUGAAGAUAAUUAUAUAAUACGUAGUUGACGCUGUAGGACGAUAGGCAGACACGGGCUAUUGCCUUCGGCAGUUUUGUUUUGACAGUUCAGUUGUAGGCGUAAAAAAAAGAAAAAUUUUCGGGUCACAUUACGAGACGCCCAUCCCCAAUUUGGGGGUAGCCCACAUCCAUUGCAUUAAUGACGGCUUUAUAGUAAGGUUAGGCUUAUGGGCAAAUGAUGUCCGACAUCGUCCUCAAGAUAGCCAGCAUACAGUAUAUGGUUGCACCAUGGCAGAAAAGCCUCUCAAGAUUGGUCAGCGUGCUGAAGUGAUUGGAAAAG